AUGAUUCCCAAAAUAUUUCAGAAUGGGGAUGAAGCCAUUCAUCAUUUCCCUGGCGAAGGACAAAUAUGGGUUGAGGAGUCCAAGGGAAACCAGAUGAAACCGUACACAUUUAAUGUCGUCUUUGAACCUGAGGCUACCCAGGAGGAUAUUAUUGAGCACAGUGGCAUAACCAGGUUAAUAGAUAUGGGAAUAGAUGGAUUCUCUACCACUGUAUUUUGCUAUGGACAGACUGGGAGUGGGAAAACACACACACUGACCGGACCCCCACAUCUAGAGAAACUAUUUACCAAUUCUCGCAGGAAUCCGGCUAAGCAUAUUUCUGUGGACAAGAAUAUGAUGAAUAAAGACCAUGGGUUGGUUUUUAGAAGUUUUAUCUAUCUUUUUCAACAGCUAGAAAGCAGAAAGGACGAUGCAACGUUCGUGAUAAAAGCGUCAUAUUUAGAAAUAUAUAAUGAAAAGGUUUUGGAUCUUUUAAAUCCUGGUGUAAAGAAAUCCAACCUAUCUGAGGGUUUAAAGAAUCGGGCUAUUGGAACCCAUAAUAUGAACGAGCACAGUAGUAGAAGUCAUACCAUUCUUACAGUCCAUAUACAUAGUGAAGAGAAAGCCUCAAGUGAUGAUAACAAGGGAGUCUAUAUUACCCGGCAUGGGAAGAUAAAUUUUGUUGAUUUGGCGGGAAGUGAGAUGACAAAGAAAACUAAAAGUGAAGGGAAGACACUGGAGGAAGCAAACAAUAUAAAUAAGAGUUUAAUGGUCCUCGGCUACUGUAUUGCACAGCUGAGCUCUUCUAAAAGAAAUGAUAAAGGACAACAUAUCCCGUACAGGGAUAGUAAACUUACUAAACUACUAGCUGAUAGCUUAGCAGGGAACGGGGUCACUUUAAUGAUAGCCUGUGUAUCCCCAGCUAAAUCCAAUAUGUCUGAGAGUUCUAACACUCUACGGUAUGCAGCACGUGCCAAACGGAUAAAAACCAAACCUGUUGUUGUUAUGGACCCCCGAGAAGCACUUAUAGUUUCGUUAAAGAGGGAGGUGGCAAUAAUGCAACAAGAGAAUGACCAUUUACGUCAGCUUGUAGAGUUAGCUGAAUCAGAUUCUAAUUCCCAAAGCUUUACACCAGAUAUUAGACAGCAAAUUGUGAUGAAUGGCGGAGGACUUGGACUUGGUGGACCAGCUGAUGGAAGAGCGACCCCUGCGACAAAGAAAAAGAUCGACAAGAAGAGAUUGAACGAGCUUGACUCCAGUACCCUGGUGGAGCUCAUCAAGGACUACAUGGUGGAGAACCAGGCACUCAGGAGGGAGAACAACGAUCUUUUCAGUGUCCGGGAUAUGAUGCUAAGAGACCAGGAACUGGUGUGUAGAGAGAACGAGAGAUUACUCAGGAAACUGGAAGAUGUUAAUUCUGUCUGCUGCCGAUCUCCAAUUAUUCCUGCUCGUCCGUCCUACUCCGCCGAAUUGAUGUCCUUGUCCUACUCUGGUUCUCUGCCCCGGUCCUCCGGCUCUGCCCCCGACUUGUCCUCUGUCCCAGACGGAGGUCCUGCCAGUCCUAUUACAGAUAUAUGGACCAACCCUCUCAAUAUGGAAGGUGGAACGGAUGAUGAAGGAAGAAGGGUUCGUAGUUUAACUCCCUCCAGGAGUACUGGGAGUACAACUCCAACCAGGAGACCGCACAGGCUACCAGACAAUCUAAACAGGGAACUAGAGAUGAGGAAGAUUGGUUCAGGAGCCCCCCAAAUAUCUGAGGGUUUGAGGAAUAACAAGAGUGGGAAGAGUUCUGGUGAGUCUGAAGGUAGUCCAGAUAUUCCUCCGAUCACACGUCGUAAACCUGGUCAACUCUCAGAUGGAUUUGUUUCUGUUCGGAGGAGGUCAUUAUCAACAUCUGGUAGUAUGGAGGAAAAGAACGGAAAGGAUGCACGGAAAGGAAAUAUAAGGCGAGAGAGAGCUAAAAAAUUGAAAGGCCAAUCAAGCUCUCGGGAGCGCAUCAACUAGAUAGAUAGAUAAAUAUAUAUAUUGGCACUAUAAACAAACAAAAAUAUAUAUUUAACCCAUCA